GUACAUACAUACCUUUUACAACAGACCCCGUUUAUUAGCGCAAUCCUUACUCGUCCGUCUCGCUUCUUACUUUUUUUUUUUUUUUUUUCCCCUUUUUGUUGUUUCGUCUUGUCUUGUCCUUGGGGAAAAUAAUAAUAAACAUCAACCGAGACAAAUAAAUGGCGACGAGACGACUCGCUCUAAGCGCUCCGUUGCGCGGCAGCACAAGCACCACGGUUCGAGUAGCGGCGGCGGCUGUGGCCCCUCGCGCCGCUGCGCUUAGCACCGCCUCCGCCUCCGCAUCCCGAGGGCCAGCGACGGUGUUGUUGUUGCGGCAGCAGCGCAACAUCCUCGCCGCACCGAGACACACCACUAGCGGUACCGGUAGCAGGGCGGGACAACAGCUGCGGUGGUCGUCGGGCUCGGCAGUGGGGGGGAGUGGAAGCGGUAAUCGGAUAUGGAGUUUCGAGGAGAUCAACGCCGCCAUCUCCCCCCCCUCCGACAGCGACAGCGACAGCGACCCCAGCCCCCCCAAAGUCCUCCUCAUCGACACCCGCGAGCCCUCCGAGCUGGCGCAGACCGGGCGGAUCCCAGGGGCCGUGAACAUUCCCAUCGUCAGCGCGCCCGACAGCCUGCACCUGCCGGCGGACGAGUUCCUGGACCGGUACGGGUUCGAGCAGCCCGCCAAGACCAACGCCGAGGAGCGGAACGACGGCCGGAACGAUAGUCGGCGGGACGACGACGGUCUGCCGCAGCUGGUGUUCUACUGCAAGGCGGGGGUGCGCAGUCGGGCGGCGGCGCAGAUCGCGCGCGAGGCGGGCUUUGUCAAUGUGGGCGAGUACCCCGGGAGCUGGUUGGACUGGGUGGAGAGGGGGGGCAAGGUUGAGAGGUGAUUAGGGGGGGGUAGGGUGCGUCCCUAGGUGUAGGUGUAGUUUGAGGUUCCCUACCUACCUACCUAUCUCUACUACUAUAUGCCUGUGUAUAGAGUAUCGAAGAAAAGAAUAAAAAGAAUAAAAAGAAUUUUAAGUCCCGAAAUCAUAACAGAAAAGCAAAAGUAAAGA